AACAGAAAGAGGAAGUGGAGCGGAGGAGGAGGAGUUGUAUGUGACACUGAAAGUGCUCUGAGAAAGGUAAGAGGAGAACUAGGAGAGAGCAGAGUCACAGAGGCCAAUGGAGUGGAGUUUACUGAGGAGGAGUGGAGACCAGUGAAGGGGAGCAAGAAACCAAUGGUCCCUCCCAGGGGCGGACUGACCAUUUGGAAACUCGGGCACUGCCCGAGGGCCCGGGGUUGGUAGGGGGCCCCAUGAGAUGCCCCUGGUACCUUUUUCAUAGGCUUUUUUGAGUUUGGGCAAGGACACAGGGGCCCCAUGAUCCCCUGUUGCCCGGGG